AACUUCACUGCGGAAGUGAAGACCGGAAGCGCAGCCCAGAGAUAUUGUAGCAUCUUUCGGAGGCUUGUUAUAGUAUUUUUUUUAUUAUUAUUAUUAUAUCUUUUUAAUUUCAGGCCGCACUGAUCACCAGUCACCAUGAUUCUGUUGGAAAUAAACAAUCGGAUCGUAGAGGAGACGCUAAAGCUUAAGUUUGAAAGCGCUUCCAACGGGAACAAGCCUGAAGCAGUAGAAGUUACAUUUGCUGAUUUUGAUGGCGUUCUCUACCACAUCUCAAACCCCAACGGUGACAAGACCAAGGUGAUGAUCAGCAUCUCGCUGAAGUUCUACAAAGAGCUGCAGGAGCACGGAGCCGACGAGCUGCUCAAGAGGAUCUAUGGAAACUUCCUGGUGACAGCAGAAGAGGGCUACAACGUGUCUUUGCUUUUUGACCUGGAUUCUCUUCCAGCCAAUAAGGAGGAAAUGGUCCACCAGGCAGGCAUGCUGAAGAGAAACUGCUUUGCGUCCGUUUUCGAGAAGUACUUUAAGUUCCAAGAGGAAGGUCGCGAGGGCGAGCAGAGAGCCGUCGUCCAUUACAGAGACGACGAGUCCAUGUACGUGGAGGCGAAGAAGGAUCGCGUUACCGUCGUGUUCAGCACGGUCUUCAAGGAUGACGACGACGUGGUCAUCGGAAAAGUGUUCAUGCAGGAGUUUAAGGAGGGCCGGCGUGCGAGUCACACAGCUCCUCAAGUGCUGUUCAGCCACCGAGAGCCUCCUCUGGAGCUGAAGGACACGGACGCUACGGUGGGAGACAAUAUCGGCUACAUCACCUUCGUCCUCUUCCCUCGUCAUACCAACACCAACGCCAGAGACAACACCAUCAAUCUCAUCCACACCUUCCGUGAUUACCUGCACUACCACAUCAAGUGCUCCAAGGCUUACAUCCACACCCGCAUGAGAGCCAAGACCUCCGAAUUCCUGAAGGUUCUGAACCGCGCUCGGCCCGACGCCGAAAAGAAAGAGAUGAAGACGAUCACGGGCAAGACAUUUUCUCGCUAAUGCGACACAGCGACCAAACAUGCUUACAGGACCAGCCGGUGCUCCCCGAGCGCUACGUGGAGCUACAACACCCGAAUUCGGACAGCGCUUGCGACUCGUAGAUGCUUGCAAAUUCUUCAAGGAACAAAAUUAAUUUCUUUUGAAUUUUCACAGAGUUCGACAAAAAGUCGUAAACAUUUUUUAUACAGCCCGCGGUAAAUUGGACAUCGGUACUUUUUCUGCGCCUUCCCACUAUAACCUGCCUUUGUGUCGUCUGAGAAAACGUUUCCGCAGUAUUGCUCCACGUCUGUACUGUUGUCUUUGUAUUCUGUGCCAGAUUACCUGGCUGCUUUUGAUCUAGUAAAUAAAACUCUUAAAUAAAAGUCUUAGAGAAAUGA